ACAUGCAAUUGCUUUCACUAUAUAACUCAAGCUGCGCACCAUUGUAUGAUUGUAUCUUCGAGGCUUCUCAUAUAUACACACACCUUCAUUCCUUCCUUUUCUGUGUGUCUCUUCUCUAUCCUUUCCUCUCCUCAACAGGGUAAUAUGUAUCCAACCUUUGGAGCAGAUGAAGAUACUGAUUUGCAAUCCACAAACAUAAAAUCUGAUAGCUUCAUAGUUGAAAUGGAGCGGUUUUCUCAUUCAUCAUCCAAAAAUGUCUCUCCAAUAAAUUCAAGGAUCACUUUGCAGUGCAAGCUUUCAAGAAAGGGGUCGAAUAGUGAGAAGAAGAUGAACAGCAAUGCUGACACUGAGAAAGGUGGUAAAAGAGUAGAUUCAAGCACGCCUGAAAAGCCGAUACUAGUGACAGUAGGAGCCACCAGCCACCCAUUCGACCAGCACAUCUCUAUCACAACUCCUAACACCACCACCGAAACAACAGAAAGCAAACUUGGCUGCAAAAGAAACAGUUUCAAGCGCUCUUCUUCUUGGACCAUUGCCCCAAGGAGGAUUCUCUUUUUCUUCGCCACUUUGUCAAGCAUGGGAACGAUAUUACUGAUUUACCUGACACUGUCAAUGAAAAAUGGUGGUCGAAACGCCCACUCUAUGGGUUAGUACCACCGGCCAGCAGCUGGGAGCAGUGUUAUAUGUACAUAACUCUACCAUAUUCUACAUAAUAUCCCACUUAGGGAAGAUGAGAUCAUCGUACAUCUCACUUACAAGUUACAGAUUUAGAUAAAAGUGAGCGAGGUUGAAUUUCUUAUAUUAGGAUUUCUGGUUACACGGUCAAAAGUUUCAUCAUCUAUAUCAAUGCCCAUGAGUGGCAAUUGGCAGGAUAUCUUGAGCACAUGCUGUGUGCUGUAGUUUGUGAACAGUUGCAGACCAGAGAUUAUAUAAAUAUUCAAGGUGUUGUGUGUACUUGUUGUGUAAGGGAUAUGUGUUAUGUGUAUCAGAAAAUAAUUAUUUUUUAU